GAAUGGGACUCGGUAGUGUAUGAAUUUUACAGCGGUCCUGAAAAGGAUGCCCUGUGAAGUGAAGCCUCGGUUGGUGGUUCUGUACGGGUCUCAGAAGGGCCAAGCUCAGUCCAUAGCAGAAGGGAUAACUGAGGAGGCAGAGGAGCACGGACUGGUGGCUGAGCUCAGCUGCUUGAAUCAGAACGAAAAGUACAAUCUGGAGAGGGAGAAUGCCCCAGUGGUCUUUAUUGUGUCUACUACUGGAGAUGGGGAACCGCCAGACAAUACCCUUCAAUUUGUGAAGCACAUCAAGAAGAAGACCCUCUCCACUGACCACUAUAAACACCUUUGCUAUGCACUUUUAGCUUUAGGAGACACAAAUUAUGCAAAUUUCUGCAACUGUGGGAAGACAAUUGAGCGUCGUCUACAGGAACUUGGAGCCAAACAAUUUUAUGCGACAGGAUAUGCAGAUGAUGGUGUAGGGCUGGAGGUGGUUUUGGACCCCUGGAUUGAAGGACUGUGGAAAGCAAUCAAAGGAGCCCUAUCAAAAAUGGCCUCUGAUAGGACUGGCCAGUUUAAAGGGGAGGUGGGCGAUUCAGCAAAGGAAGCUCCUGAUUCAUCCGUACCAGAUGUCCAGCUAAACCUCCUAAGCCUCACUGACCACCAGAAUUGCGAGUCAGCCGGAGCAUCUGUGGAAUCUGAUUCCAAAUUUGCAUCUGCUGCUUCAUCUUCAGUUUCUGCGACACAGACUGCUGUUUCUGAUCUCAAGCCAGAAUCCCCUGCAGGGAGCCCCGGGUUGGCAUCCCAGCCUGGUGGCAUCGCCAGUGUUUCUACAUCAGCACCGGAGACACAGACUGGGGGUGCUGGAGUUCACCAUGUUGCUUUGGCAGCUUCACUGACAUGCUCGAUGCCCCCACUGUCUGAGUCUUCGCUUAAUGUUCCUACUCUGCCUCCUCCCUACCUCGAUGUCUCUCUUCAGGAAGUAGACGCUAUGGGAGAGAUUACUGGGCCAUCAAACAAAGAGGCUCUUCAUGAAGUACCCAUAUCCAGGGCAGCUCAGCUGACCAGAGGAGAUUCAGUCAAGACAGCCCUUCUCCUAGAAACGGACAUCUAUGCCUACCCGAUGAUGACCUAUCAGCCAGGGGAUUCGUUUGAUGUUGUCUGCCCAAACAGGACCUCUGAGGUGGAGGACUUGCUCCACAGACUGGGCCUUCAGGAUCAGAGGAAACAUUGUGUUCAUGUUUCUUUAUGCAAAGACACCAAGAAAAAAGGUGCCCAAGUGCCAUCCCACAUCCCCCAGAACAUUUCUCUGCUCUACUUGCUCACAUGGUGUCUGGAGAUCAGAAGUGUUCCUAAGAAGGCGUUUCUCCGAGCACUAGUGGAGUAUACAAGGGACAGCGUGCAGAAGAGAAGGCUGCAGGAGCUCUGCAGUAAACAAGGCGCUGCAGACUACAACCUGUACGUGAGAGACCAGAGCCUCAACGUAUUGGAGCUCCUUGCGGCUUUCCCAUCCUGCUUGCCUCCUCUUAGCCUCCUCAUAGAGCAUUUGCCGAAACUGCAGCCCCGGCCUUAUUCAGCAGCCAGCUCCUGUCUUAGGCACCCAGGAAAGCUGCAUUUUGUCUUCAAUGUGGUAGAGUUCCCAGCAUGUACUGGGCGGCCUGCCGGGAGGCGAGGCCUGUGUACCGGUUGGCUGUUUGACCUCAUCAAUCCUGUCCUGGUUUUUCCUGGGAAGGCUGAAUCCUCCAGCAGCCCGGCUCUGCCAAAGAUCCAUGUGAGUUUGAGACCCAACUGCUUUUUCCGGGCUCCCUCUGACCCGUCGGUGCCCUUCAUAAUGGUCGGACCGGGCACGGGAGUUGCACCCUUCAUUGGCUUCCUCCAGCAAAGAGAGAAGGAGAGGCAGGAGAACCCGGAGGCGGUAUUUGGCGAGACCUGGCUGUUCUUUGGAUGUCGCCACAGAGACAGAGACUACCUGUUCAGAGAGGAGCUGGAGGGCUUUGUGUCCAGCAGUACCCUGAGUCACCUCAAGGUGUGUUUCUCCAGAGAUGACCAGGAGGAGGAGGCGGAGGAGACCGCUGCCCCAGCAGGACGGGCCAGAUAUGUUCAGCACAACCUGCUAUGUAACAGCCCGCAAAUUACCAACAUCCUGCUCAAACAGAACGGUCGCCUCUAUGUUUGUGGGGAUGCUAAGAACAUGGCUAAGGAUGUGAACGACACCCUGAUAGAGAUGAUCAAAACAGAGCUUCAGGUGGACCAACUGGAGGCCAUGAAAGCACUGGCAGGGCUGAGAGAGGAGAAACGCUACUUACAGGACAUCUGGGGCUGACAGUGGAUGAGGAGAUAAGGGUAUUUUGCAGCAUCCGCUGGGCUUUUCUACACCUUCAAAAAAAAAAAUCAGCAUGCUCAGCUGUAACCUCUAGAACCAUAAAAAUUGUGGAUGCUGAAGCCCGGAGGUAUUUUACACCACCCGACGCUACCAAGAUGGAAUAUACCAUGCUGACCCGGGGAUAUCGGUUCUCUACAUCAUUUUGGGCUUUGCUGUUUGAACAGAAAUGACCUUGGUCGGGGCAAUAGUGCUGGAGAUUGGUCCUGCAGUGUGAAAAUGCUUUUAGUGUUGACAAGCUCUCUCUGUUCAUCCUGUCUUGGGAAAAGCCAUUUACUUUCAGCGGCUGUGAUGAAGUGAUUUUGAUGAGAAGGAAAGUGGGAUAUCGCUCCAACCUAGAUGAAAACAGCACAGCAAUCUGUACUUCUUUAACAACACAUGCACAGUAAAUUGUUUAUUGUCAUACAGGGAAAAACAAGAAAUCAUUUUUUAAUGAGUUAGUUUUGUUUUGGAACCUGCCAAACCAGCCCACUGCCAGCCUAGUGUACCACAGAUGCAAAUUACCUCUGUAGUCCUAAUUGGUAGAAAUUCUUUCAUUUUUCAAAUUAAUGGUGUAAAAAUGUGUUUCAAUUCCAAAAUAAGUUGGUGUGAUUGCUGUUGCUCCAGUAUUAUGUUGUGUACAUCUAAAGUUAUUAUUCUCAUAUUGUCAUCCAAAACACUGUGGAUAUACUUAACCUUUUUAUCAUAUUUUGGUAAUCAGGUUUUAAUGCAUGUGAUUAUAAAAAAAAAGAAAGAAGCUAAAUUAAAUUUUUUAUAAAUGAAACCCAUAAAGAUGAGGACACUCAUGAGUAAUUCAUCAUGAUACUGUGUAAACUUCUAUGUACAGAGGGCGUGAAUCUCAAUGAUAAUGUACCGCUCUGGCCAGAGCAAUUUAUCUAACUUUGUUUGUGUCUGUCUGCCCCCACAUACCCAGCAGUACGCCAUUUUGGAGACGCUGAACUCAGGUGAACCAAGCUAAAAUCUCACAAACGGUGGUUAAAACAGACACAACUGUGCCUUGGGUGAUCAGGAAUUAAAAUA